AUGGAGGAAAAUAUGGAAAGCUCGACUUCCCCGCGGAGUGUGCGACCGAGUUUCGCCGAAAAUAGUAAGGAUUAAGCGGGUGUUUUGCGAUAUUGUUUUAGUUUACGGCGAAGAAGCCAAAACCCGCGUCCAGAUGGGCUCGCAAAUUUGCGAAUCGGCACUAGCCCAACGACGAUCUGCUUAUUUGCCCAAAUUGAGGGAGUUAUCGAAUGCCGGGAACGUUUCGAUGGAUCAAACCCAUUCAAAGUGCGAAAUGGGCGAUAUCAGUUUUGUGUAUGCGGAUUGUGACAGUUUUGGCAAUGAAUUGAGUGAAUUGUACUCGUACUCGGAAAGCUCAGAGUUUGCUGUGAACAUGGAAUUGUUUCAAGCUUAUGCUGAAGCUAGAAAAGUGAGUGAUUCCUUUGAUUUUUUAAAGGUUUAGGUGAUCAAAUUGUUUUGAUGUAUAAAAACUUGCUGUUUAUAGAACAUGUGGUGCACAAGAUACUAAAAGUUACAUUACGCUUUUCUUCAGCCAUUAUUUUAGUAUAACUUUACUAAACGCUAUGAUUUUAUAUUUUAACAAAUAGAAAGAACAGAAGACACAAAUCUGAAGGAUAAUAUAAAUCCUUUUAGAUCUCGCCAAUUUGGAUAUUCAAUGAGAAGGACGAAAUGAAAGCAGUAUUUAUUGACCUUAUACAACGAUUUGAAAGUGUUAACAUUGAUACUAGACUUGAAGCAUCACGGAUAUUGCUCUAUCUUCUUCAGGUAUACCUAAAUUUUUAAGUUACUCUUUACCUUUGGCAUUAUUUUAUUAAAAUUAAUAUAUUAUUGCUAUUUUAAUGUUUAGGGGGCGUAUGCGGAUUUUGAGAAGCCUUAUGCUGAAAGUGUACAAGCGUUAAUGGACGAAGCACGUUCCCAUAUCAGUUACAUUGAUGACACGGACUUUGCUGAACAAAUUUGCUUAAUUCAGUCUGCUGCCAAUUGUUACAUGGCUUAUGAAUGUGGAAUCUUCAGGGCAUGUUAACUAUUCAUAUUUUUUGAAGUUUAGGUAUCGAAUUUAGCUUUUAAAGCUAUUUACAAUGAUUUUACGUAUAAACUGAUCAACUCCACUUAUGAUAAUACAACUUUUCUUUCAGGCACUAUGUCAACUGUUCAUGACGGAGUUCAGUGAUGUAAAUGUGGUUGAUUUGAAUGUAUCUGACCGAGGGCACAGUUCGUUGUCGCAAUAUUCCAGUCACAGGUCGAUGAGCUCGAUUGACGGUGAAUCCAGGUCGAAGAAGGUGUAUACAUUGGCGGAUAACGAGAUUCUACGUGUUCUACUGGCAUCAAUGUAUCAUAUGGUGGAAUCCAUACGGAGGAAAGAGGUUCUACAGAAGGUUAUUCACGUCUCCGACUAUUCUAUGGCUCGGUUGGAGAAUUUACAACAUAAUUUCUUGGUCGAACUCGGUAAUUUUUUGGUUGUUUUUUGAUAUCUUUGAUGUUUAGAGUGAUUUUAUAAGCCUUUUUUUUUACAUUUUUGUUUAGGAGAACCUCUGGAAGGCCUAAGUAAACCUUUGUUCGUCUUCUUGUUGGAUGUAGUACCACCAUUCGUCAGAGGAUCAUGUCCAAAGUAUCCGAUAAAGAAGGUCCUACUCUUGGCUUGGAAGAUCAUUUUGGCCACGUUGGGAGAUCUGGAGGCUUUAAGGACAAGAAAACAUGAAUUGCGAGAAGCUAUGGGUUUGAGUCAGAUUGAGGAUACUGUUCAGGUAUGGGUUUUUAAUAUUUUUUGGAAAAAAGGUGGAUUUUAUAUAGUGUUAGGCUUAAAAUUGCAAACAAAUGACUAAAAUGAAGUUUUCUAUUAGCUUUUAUAGCUAAAAUUGAAUGUUUUUGUCACUUCUUUGCUGCUUUAUUUGUUAAAAACAUGUUUACAUUACAAUAUAUGGUAAAAAUUGCUUGUAUCAUUAAAAAAACGAUAUUGUUUUAGGUAGCUUCAACCCUAAAAGCCUCAAACUUUAGCGCGGAAGAAGGAAUGGACGGCCGACGGUUGGGAGGCGGUAUAAUUGCAAAGCGAAAUCGACCAUCGACUGUGCGAGCCUUCAAACGACAAGAAGGGAUAACAUCGGCCAACUUGAACACGGAUGAACUGUCUGAUUCAAAGGAAGACGAACCUCCAACCACACCAGUUGAAGCUGAUGGUGAAGUCAAGAAAACUGAAUAUUUCUCUAAGCCGGUGUCAGCUGUGAUGUUGCAGAAGAAUGAGGAGGGAGAGGUGGAGCCGAAGCGUAAGUUUUGUCGGCUAUGGCAAUUUUUUUUUAUUUUUUGGGGGUAGAUAAAUUUUUUUUCAAAAGAUUUAUUUUUUAAAGAUUAUGUUGCUUUAAAAAAAUUCUGUUACAGUACUAAUGGACGGACCUCAAGAUUCGCUGACAAACCAAAGAGGUGGAGAUCAAACUCCAACCGCCUCAUCACCAGUACCAUCUUGCCUACCGUGGAGUUCGAAGGUACGGAAAGCUGAUCUAGAGACCUUUAUUCAAACGGCACGACAAAAGUUCUUUGGCUACAAACUUCUAGGAGAUAGUGAAACACUAUUUGGACUACCACAGCCAGUUCAACAGAGCGUGCAGGCUUUCAAACGACAUAUUUAUAAGUCGCUGGGGGAAAUUCAGGUAGGAAAAUAGCUUUUUUUGAAAAAAAUUUUUGAAUUUUUUGAAAAUUUUUGUUUUUUAUGUUUUAUAGGUAUGACCCUAAAAAUAUGUAUUCAAAAAAAGCGUAUUUCAGAUAGAAGAAGACGUCCUUCUGAACAAAUAUCCAUUCUCAAAGAAGGAGAACAUCGAGGACAACCCAACAGAACGUCUCUACUCGGGAAUGUUGCCAAAUCUCUCAAACUACUCAUUAAGUCUUCUCAAAGUACUGCUAGCAGCCAUUCCCUCAUCAAAAGCCAAAAACGAUGGAGCUCUGAUCUUAUCAGAUGUCCUAAUAAGAUCAGCUGAUGCCACUGAUAUGCUGUCAAACUCGCUGAACCUAGAUGUAUCCGUAAACUCGGCCAAUCUCCUCGAAGAGGCCGUAAGAACAGCCAUUGACAUCAACAGGCACAAGGAGAUUGUGGUGAAAGCAACGACAGCUAUCAUCAUCAACUUGCUCAAGUUCUUCAGAUUGAACCAUGUGUACCAGUUUGAGAACUUUUCUCAACAGCUAGUACUGUCCAAUUGCUUGCCACUGGUACUGAAGUUUCUAGAUCAAAAUAUGGUUAGGUAUCUACAGUCGAAGAAUGAGCUGACUCCACUUUGUUACCCAAAAGUUGUGGUACAUUAUGUUCAGAAUGGAAGUAAGGAUAAGAUUGUAGUUAUAAUAGAUAAAGCAUUUGUGGGGCUACAAUGAGGACGAUAAAGCGUUUGUAGGGCUACAUUGAGGACUGGGAGGGUAAUUUUGGGUUUUCUGGGCUGACUUGAAGUUCAGCUUUUUUUUGGGUGGGGUAAUUUUUGAUUUUUUUGAGGGGAGGUGGGGGGGGUAAUUUUUUUUUAUUUUUAAAAUGUUUGAAAAUGGGUUUAAUGCGACUUGCCACGGCCUUUAAAAUGAUUUUUGUUCAUUUUUAAGUUGAAAUUUUUUUUUAUUUUUUUGAAAAAAAGUCAACAGGGGGGGGGGCCCAAGCUCGAUUUUUAGGAAAAAUUUUUAUUUUUGCCAGUUUUUAUGUUAUUUUUUCGUAGUUUGAACAUUUAUUUUGUAGAUAAAUGGCCAGAAUUGAACGCAGACAACGUGGAUGAUAGCCGGUCCGAAAAUCAAUGCUACUUUUUGUGGAGAAACGUCUUCGCUUCGGUGAACUUGCUAAGGAUUCUGAACAAGUUGAUCAAAAACAAACAGAGCCGCACAAUGAUGUUGGUCGUUUUUAAAUCAGCGCCGAUUUUGAGGCGGUGUUUGAAGGUUAGAUCGGUAAGGUUUUUGGGGUUUUUAAAAUUUUGAAUUUUAAAAUUAAAAAAUAAUUAAAUUUUAAAAUUUUGAAAAAUUUAAAAAAAUGUCUUAAAAAGCCUAAUUUAUGCAAAUUUUUUAAAUUUCCAGGGCAUUUUUCAACUGUACACGCUGAAACUCCUGAAAAUGCAGGCCAGAUAUCUUGGCCGACAAUGGCGCAAAAACAAUAUGGAGGUGAUAUCGGCCGUCUACAUGAAGGUCCGCCACAGACUCAACGAUGAUUGGGCCUUCGCCAACGAAACACGAUGCAAAACUUGGGAUUUCCAAAUGGAAGAACGGGAGUUGAAGCUGAGCAUCGAGAAGUUCAACAGCCGGAGAUACAGCCACUUGUAUCCGGAAUUGAAUUAUUGUAAGGUUUUGAAGAUUUAAGGGGAUGGGGAGGGUUUAUUUGGGAGGGGAAGGGUGGUUGUUUUGGAGGGAAUGGGUUAUGGAAAAGCUGGGGUUUUUUGAGGCAGGGAUGAGGUGUUGAGAUGGAAUCAUUCAAUGUUUGGGUAAGGGAGGGGUAUUUUGGAAUUCGAGGUAGGGGGGGGAGGGUCUGAUUUUUGGAUUUUAUUAAAGAGGAGGGAGUUUUAGAGAUUUUUUUAGGGGGAGGGGUAAUAAUUUUUUUUUGUUUUAUUUUCUGGGGUGGGGGGGAGUCACCCCGAACCACCCCGAACCCCCCCCAAACGAUGUCCUGGUCAUACCCAAGUCUUAAAAUACCUUCCCCUAUCUUAUCCCCCUUAUCAUGCCUUGUCCUACCAUACCUUACUUUACCUUGUUUUGCACUACCUUUCCUACCUUGCCUUAUCUUGCUCUACCAUACAUUGUCUUACCCUACACUACCUUAAACUGGCUUGUUUUACCCUACCCUACUUUAACCUGCUCUAUCAAACUCUCUAGGCCAACCCUUCCUAAGAAAUUGCCUUGGAUCAGCCAAUUAUAACAUAAAUUUUCAGACAACAAUGAAAACCUGACCUACGACGACUUUGACCCGAAGGAAUUCGAACCGGUCGAUAAUUCGAUCCAAAACUUGUUGAGCGCCGAAUUCGAAUUCACACCGUACUUCAAGCGGAACUACAGUAAAUGGCUGGACGAAGCUGUCUUCGCCGAGCCAUUCAAUUGGGACGCCUUGUUAACUGAGACUGCUUCGAUUUGUUGA